AUGAACACAAAACAUUCAUCAAGUAGAGUUUUGGGGCAGCGCUCGAUUCCUUCAACAUUCCUCUUCCGCUCUUCAAACAGGUCCAAUGAUUGUACAGAAUAUGUAAAGGCCAAGCCUCCCGAAAAGGGUUCGCGGGUCUCACUCUCUGAUUUCCUUGACCGGAAGCUUCAGAAAAGUUCUGUCCCACCCAAAUCAGUUCAGGGCAAGGAGAGGCCAUUUUCGUCCCCUUUGGGCAGUAGCAAUGUUAGUGGAUCUACUGAAGUACAGAAUGAUGAUAAGGAAAGAGGUGAAGCAGAGGUGAAUGGUGCUUUUGAUGCAGUGUUUGAAAAGUUUAAGCAUACUAGAAAAGAGAAUGAAGAUUGUAUAGGCCUGUGCACUAAUGGUGAGGUUGGAAGUUCUAGCACAGAUGAUGUGCAACCAUCAAGAAAAAGGAGUCGUCCUUUUGAAGGUUUGUCGUUGCAUCUCAAUCACUUGGCGCAAUCCGUUUUUCUUACAGAAAUUGUUAAAUGCUGCUUCUAAUUUCAUCUUAAGUUUUG